AAGAAAAUAGUAUCUUGGAUUAUUUUGUGAUUGACUAUGUGCCAAUUUGGGUACAACCAACCUGCUCUACCCACAAAGCCUAUGAUCUAGCCCAUCAUGAUGCUGCUACCAAUUUUCUUACUACUCUGUAUUGGAUUAACUCUAAUCAGGGCCGAAAGUUGUCCUCCAUCACAGGCUAUUUUACCCUGCCGCUGCUCCUUGCGGGGAAAGGAAAUUCAGAUAUGGUGCUCGCACAGUAACCUGCCGCAGAUAAUGGAUGGUCUGAAGGCCGUGGAACGGAACAUCAAGGGUCGCAUUGACGAAUUGGUCCUGGAAAACAACCAAUUGCCGGCUUUGCCAGGACGAUUCUUUGGCAGCCUGCAGAUUGUGCGACUGAUGCUGCGGCACAACAGCAUCGAGAGGGUCUCCAAUGGAUGGCUGAAUGAGCUGGAGAACGGCCUGGUGGAGAUAUUCGUUGUGGAACCGCAAUUGCGCAGCAUUCCGGCGGAGAGUCUCAAUGGGAUGAUCAACAUGCUGGCCAUCACCAUACAGAGCGACGAGCUGAAGCAUUUGCCGGAUUUCUCGGGGCUUCUUAGUCUUACCUAUCUAAGUGUUCAGACUGGUGCCCUCCAGGAGUUGCCGUCCCAUCUGUUUAGACACCUCCCAAAACUGCAGCACAUUCACAUAACAGGAGGAGUGGGUCUCACCCGACUGGAAGCUGGUCUCUUUGAUGGUUUGAUCUCCCUGAAGAACCUGGAUUUAUCCCACAAUGGCCUCAACUGGAUACAUUUACGUGCCCUCUCAAGAUUACCCAAUUUGGUUAGUCUGAAGCUCUCGUACAAUCAAAUCAGUGACGUGGGCAUGGUGGGUCGCAUUGUCAAGGAUCUGGAGCACUUGAAGAAACUGCGGCUGGAUCACAAUCUCAUCACUGUCAUAGAGGAUGGCUCCUUUGUGGAUCUACCCAACCUUUCAGAGCUCCAUUUAAAUGAUAAUAGAAUCACAGAACUGCAAUAUGGAGCUUUUCUGGGGACACCUCAGCUAAAGACUGUUUAUCUGCACAACAAUCUCAUCCGGCGCAUUCAUCCGGAAUCCCUGCUUCAGGCCAGCGGAAGUGGCGUGGAGGCGAUUCACAUCUACAACAAUGAGAUUGGUCACGUGGAGGCUCUACGAGCCCUUUUGGAUGCUUUACCUACUCUACGAUAUCUGGACAUGAGUGGCAAUCUCCUGAGCGAACUGCCCUAUGGAGCUCUGCGCGGUCAUGGAACUCUGGAGCAACUGCAUCUCAAUCACAACCAGCUUAGACUCAUUGAGAGGGAUGCCCUGAUGGCCAUGCCUGCUCUGCGGGAACUGCGAAUGAGAAAUAACAGUCUAUCCUCGGAUUUACCCCUACCAUUUUGGAAUCUUCCUGGCCUGAAAGGUCUCGAUCUGGCGCAGAAUCAAUUUAGUCGGGUGGAUUCCCAAUUACUGGCGGGACUUCCUUCCCUAAGACGUCUAGAUCUCAGCGAGAAUGGGCUAACUGAAGUGGCUCCCAAUAGUUUUCGUCAUAAUCCGCUCCUCGAAACCCUCAACAUAUCCUCCAAUGAGCUCAGCAAAAUCCACUCCUCCACUCUCAUCCACUUGGAGAGGCUCUUCGAGGUGGAUGCCAGCUACAAUCAGUUGAAAUCGGUGAUCGGUGGGCUACCCAGAAUUGUGGAGCGCAUCUCUCUCAAAGGUAACCAUAUCACAUCUCUGCCAGCAGCAGCUAGCAAGGAUUUGCAGUUGCCCAAUCUGCGAAUGCUGGAUCUCAGCCAGAAUCGCAUAGAACAGCUAAGCAGGAACGGAUUUCAGGGUGCCUCGGAGCUGAGGGUCUUGAGUCUGGCCCAAAACGAGUUGCGUCAGUUGGAGGACACCUCGUUCAUAGGAAUCCAGCGACUGGAGUUGCUGCAUCUGCAGGAGAAUCAACUGGGUGAGGCGGAUGAGCGGGCCCUGCUGCCCCUCGCGGAAUUGAGGAACCUGAACCUUCAGUCCAACAAACUGGAGGCCAUCACGGAUAAUUUCUUCUCCAACAACUCCAGACUCGAACAGCUUGACCUCUCGAGGAAUCUGAUACGCAGCAUCUCACCCACUGCCUUCGAUACGCAGAGAUCACUGGAGUAUCUGGAUCUCUCGGGAAAUGCCCUGCUGGACAUCUCGGUGGGUUUGGGAAACCUGAACAACCUGCGAGACAUUGAUCUCAGCUACAACCAGAUAUCCCGUGUCCAAUCCGAUGUCAUUGGUGGCUGGCGAAAUGUGGUGGAGAUACGAUUGUCCAACAAUCUGAUUGUAGAACUCCAGCAGGGCACCUUUCGAAAUCUUCCCAAGCUGCAGUAUCUGGAUCUUAGUAGCAAUGAGAUUAGGAAUGUGGAACCUGGGGCUCUCAAAGGACUGGAUGAACUCCAGGAAUUCGUUCUGGCCGACAAUAAGUUGGUGGAGCUGAAGGAUCAUGUCUUCGAGGAGCUGCCAAGUCUGCUGGCCUCCCACUUUCAAUACAACAAGCUGCGCUACAUUUCACCCGAAAGCUUCCACAAUGCCAAUUCGCUGGUCUUUCUCAAUCUGUCCAACAAUCACUUCAGGAACAUGGAGAAUAUUGGUCUAAGGAGCAUGCGUAAUCUGGAGGUCUUGGAUCUGUCCACCAAUGGUGUCAAGUUGGUGUCGACGAUGCCGUUGAAGGCGCUGAAUUGGUUGGUGGAACUCAAAAUGGACAAUAAUCAGAUAUGCAGAAUUCAGGGUUCUCCCUUUGAGACGAUGCCCCGUUUGCGAGUCCUCUCCAUGCGAAACAACCAACUUCGAAGUAUCAAAGAGCGUACCUUCCGAAACCUCCGAGGAAACAUAGCCAUUUUGGAUGUGGAUGGAAAUCCCAUUGACUGCAACUGCGAGAUACAGUGGCUCUCGGUGUGGCUGCAGGAGACGAACUUUCCCUAUCCGGGACCCAAGUGCCAGGAUGGUCGCCUGCUGAGGGCGGCCCGAAUGGAGAGAAGCCUCUGCGUGGGUGUGGAUAUCUAUGGCAACGAGCGGACCGAUGGCAAUCAGCUGCCACUGCUCAACGAGCACGGGGAUGUCUUCCAGCGGGAUCUGCCGGAUGAUUUCAAUGAUGAGUGUGAGGCUAGCGAAGGCACCAGGCUGCCAGGAGAUCGACCUUUGGCGGGGGAGAGCGAGUACUUCUAUGAUCAGUACGUGGACGCCACCGAGGCACCGGAUACCACGAAUUCCGUGAUCAGUACUUCGCAGCGACCCAAACCAAAUCCCACGAUAAAUAGUAAUGUUGAUCUGAAUAAUACAGUCCUACAUACGAAAUACUUUAAUCGAAGGCCUCAGCCGGGAAAUGGAUCGCCCUUUACCUUCUUCGGCUAUCCCUUGCCCAGUGUGAGUUUGGGUAGAUUCUUUGGUUUCGGCGAUCGAGGAAGAAAACAGCGAACGGAUGGAGGCGAUGAAAUGCCCGCCACCCAUCGCAUGGCCCACAUAAGUCUGCCCAGUGGACGUGGCAAGACCAGGAUGUACCAGCCGAAUAGCGCCGAGUUUGAGAAGUACCUGAAGGAUCAGCAGCAGCAGGAGAAGCAGAAUAUAGCCAGAAAUCGUUAUGUGGACACCGAGUCAAGCACUUCAUCCGUGGAGGAUGCACUGAGUAACGAAAGUGGGAGUGCCGCCACCACAGUGGGCGUCUUUCGCACCACCUUUCGUGAGCCUUCGAGCAUCGAACGCGGUGGCUUCCGUCCCAUUGUUCCGGUUCAUGUCGGUGGCUUUAUGCCUGUCCAUGAUCCUCAGCAGCGACGUGGCUUGGUGGAGGCGGUGAAUGUUACGGGGAAGCUCCCGGAGAUGAUCCAAGGCAAGGGUGAAAGGAAGUUUAUUCCCAUUUAUAAUCAGGCGGGACUUAAGCCCACCAGAAGUAGUGGUGAAAGUUCGGAGACGGCUACCUACGAGGUCACAGAAACCACCGCCGAUGUGACCACUGUAACACCUUUGAUGACGAGGAUAACCAGCACAACUAGAGCUUCUACAACGACUACAGCAAGGAGUACAACAACCAAUAGUACUACUACCCAGGUUGCCAUCACAAGUGAUGCUUCAGCCAGCAGUGAGCAGGAGUCGCAGCAGUACGAUGAUGACGAUCUGGAGGCGCAGUCGGUGACCCUGCUGAGACCUCCUCCUCUGGUGCAGACAACCACGGCGGAGACCAUCUUGCUGAUUCCUCCUGCCGAAGAGCAUGUGGCGCAGAUCAAGAGUCGUUCCUGGGUGACCACCCAGAGUCCCAGUGACUAUCAAGUUACUUCAGUGCGUCCCACGAGCUCAGUGCCGCCUUCCUCUCCUCCUUUACGCGGCGGAGGACGCUCCACCAUCACCAAGGUGUACACUCCCUAUCAACAGCAAGUGGCUCAGCCGACGGCCGAGGAGUACCAGCGGACUACGCCCAGUGCGGAUAACGAGGGCGUGGCCAGUGAGCAUCAGCUCCAGGCUAAAGCCCAGAAACGCACAGAGGUGGAGCUCCUUCAGGUGGAUAGAGUGGAUCGCAAGGAUGGCAUGGAUUGGUACUACGAGAGCUUCAAGAAAAAGCGAGACUUCAAUGGCGGUGCUGCUGUGCGGAAAACAGCACACAAGGAGGUGUACUAUGAUGGAGUAGGAGCCUCGUCCAGUUGGAAUCGAUUGCACAAGAAGGAGAUACUCUUUCUCAGCUUGUUUUUGUUGUGGAGAGCGUGUUAAACAGUUUUCUAAGGCCUUCUAUUUAGACAGUUUAAAUAUUUUAUUGUGUAUGCUUAAAUAAAGAAUUUAUUUUAUAUAUUAAAA